AUGUUGCAAUAAUACAUGAAUAUGGGAUUUUCUUAGUAGUAGAUUUAGAAGGCUUCAUAAAUUUGUAAGUAAAACCGGAAUUUGGAAAUAUUGGAUGUUCUUUUAAAAAAUGUUUAGUCUCCAAUAAAGGAAUAAUCACAAUCUCAGAUAUUGCGAGAAUUAUCUUUUGACGUUUUGACUCCAGAUUAACGUUUGCGAUAGAAGGGCAUACCAGUAGGAUUAAAGAAUUUGGCAAAUGGUUUAUUUGAUAUUUAUGUUAGUUUGUUAUUUGAAUUCUUUGAUUUAGACUUAUUUUCAUAAUCCAAUUUUUGUGUAAGAGAUAUUAAGUUUUAAAUAUCCAGUAUAAUUGAAUUUUGAGGAUCUAUUAAAUAAGAAUGAAGUACAUUUAUAGAGGUUUAAAAAAUGAUUAUUUUAGGCUAUUUGUUUAUUUAGUUCAUACAGAUCGUAAGUAUGUAGACCCAUAUAGAGUAUUCUUGAAUGUGGUAGAUGAAUUUGGUAAUCGAUUUUAAUUGGGUGAUUAAAAGGAUUGGGCGGAAUUCAAUUUAUAAUUUAUAACAUGUGUUGAUGAGGGAUUGAAAUAUCAUGAGAAUAAGAUAAUGGAUGCAGAGAUGUAAGGUAAAGAAGAGAUAUAAGAAUCAGAUUAAUAAUAAAAUAGAUCUGGAAUAUAAUUAACGAGGUCAAUGAUAUUAUUGGAUGAGAAUAAAGCAAAAUUAAUAGAAUAAUAGCCUUUAUAAUCUUAAUUAUAGAAUUAAACAAUUAUAAAUAGACUAUUUUUUGGUAAAACUAAAGAGUAUAUAACACAUCCGAAUUAAAGAAAUUAGAGUGAGGAAUAAGAAUAAGUAUUUUUGCAGAUAAUUUUGAAUGUUAAGAAUAAAAGUUUAUAUUAAGCUUGGGAAGCAAACAAUUCAUUUUUAAUAGAGGGAUAUAGAAAUGGGAGUGAGGUGAUUGAAUUAGCAGAGAAAACUAUUUGGAUUACUUAGAUACCUGAUUCUUUGUUAUUUUAGAUUUAGAGAGUUGGGUAUGAUCCUGAAAGAGGAUUAAUAAAGUUGAAUGAUGAAUUUAGAUUUGACAAAGAAAUUUAUGCAGACAGAUUUCUUUUAGAAAAUAGAUAAAAAGUUAUAGAAACAUAAUAAUAAUUAAAUGAAUUAAAGAUUUAGUAAGGUGAAUUACUUUAGUAAAUAGAAAAGUAUUAGAAUUAUAGUGGGAUUUCUAUGUUGACUGUUUUGGGUACAGCAGCAAAGUAUGUGAAAGAAGUAAAACCAGAUGAUGAAAUUAUGCAAUAAAGAAUUGAUUAAUGUAAAUUGAGUAUUCAAUUGAUUUUAUAGAGAUUGUAAUUGUAAUUAGAUUAAAUCAAUUAAAAGAUUGAAGAUUUAUAUGCUAUUAUGAAAAAGUAUAAGUAUUUUUUGUAAAGUAUUUUAAUUCAUGAAGGUGCUGCAGAAUCUGGUCAUUAUUAUACUUAUAUUUAUAAUCCAUUGUUAAAAUAAUGGUUUAAGUUUAAUGAUAUAAAUGUUAUUUAGGUGAGUGAAGAAAAGGUGUUGAAAGAUGCUUAUGGAGAUGGUAAAUCUAAAACUAAUGCAUAUUGUUUAAUUUAUUAACUUGCUGAUCGUUUUGAACCGACAUCUUAUUCAGAUUAUACUAAUUAAUCUAUUUACGCAAAAUAUAUUCAAUAGAAUUUAUUUGAUGAAGUUACUAAUGAUAAUAAAAAGUUUUAGAUUGAAUAAUAAGAAUAUGAACUUGUAGAAUUAGGAGACUUGGUGGUUCAAAUUUAUAAUAUAUAAUUUCAAUAAGUAAAUGAGGUAGCUAGAAAAUAUAAAAAUAGAAAUAGGAAUCCAUUAAAUAAUUUUUGUUCCUAUUUACGCACUCUCUUAGAUUAAAUGAAUGAUUUAGUUAAAUGGAGUAUUUUAGAUUCUGCAAUAAGAGAAGCAUCUCAAGGAAAAAGAAAUUUGAGAGAUUAUUAAGAAUAAAUGAUUUUUCAAUAAAGGUGUAUAUUUAUUAAAUUCAUCUUAGAAUCAAAUACAAUUUUGAAUAAUUAAAUCAUUUCAAAGUGCCAUCUAAGUAUGAAAUUGACAAAUAAACCAUUAAACAUCUUUAGUAUUACUAUUUGGAAUAUAUUUCAUCACUAAGAGUCACUGCAAUACAAUAAUAUUAGCAUAUUUGA